AUGAGUCUCGCCUGCAUUGCUGUUCUUAUAAGUCUCCUUUUUAACAGGCAUAUCGCAGCUGUGCCCACUCCCACCGGACGAGCUGACGAGAUGAUUUUUUCGAGGAAGUCCCAGUACCUACCCUCCGGUGAAAUGGACUAUUUGGUAAGUCAAUCUGCAAAUCCGCCGCCUUCUUCUAAACUACAGAAUGCCGUUUCAAGUUUAAAUAAUUAGGGCCCGAACGAGAAAAUCCGCUUUUUAGGAACAUUUAAUGACAGUGUCUGUGAACUUACAAGGUUGCACUCGAACUGGUUAAUUUGUCACACUCUAGAUAAUUAAAGUGUCUUGAAAUACACAAUACCUCAAAUCGCGUUAGAAAAGGAACACACCGCUGACAAUACGUACGGUCAAUUUGUCCCUAAACAAAUGGCGUGACCGGAACUGAAUCGUCAGUUGUGAAAAUAUAUUUCACAAAUUGUGAACGGAACCUAAUCUUCUGAAUUGGAAAUAUUUACGGUUUAGCAAUAAAAUGUCGACUUUAAGCAUAACACCUGCGCGUAGGUUAUGUCCAGGAAAGAAGAGCCGUUUGGGAUUGCCCAAAAUCAGGGAUCACUAGGAAGUUCCCUUGAUUCGGUUAAUGUCAUUUUAAAUUAUUAUGGCUGCACAUCAUCUGGUAAUAAUUUGUAGCGAUGCCUUAUCAAGCUGCCCCCUUCCUGUUCAGCAAAGGGGUUUGAUCUUUCCUCGUCUGUAUCAAAGCAGUUUAAGUCCUGUUCUUGCUGACGCGGCUACUUCGUAAAAACAUCGACAGGCCAUGCUGAAGAGAAGAAAACAGCAGUUCCAAAUGAACUGGACUGGAAGAGGAUAAAGCCUUAAACCAGCUUAAAGCUAGUCUGAAAGAAUAAUUUUUUUAUUAACUCGCAAAAGCAGGGUGAUAGUUCUUGAAACACAUUUAAAAUUUGAGGAAUAAAAUUCAAAGAUGAUAUUAAACUUCAGAAAGUUAACGGGAUUUGCCAUGAAUUAUUUCAAAGACCAAAAUAGCAGGUUGCGAUAUGAAACCGUCAUAGAUACAGUUAUGGAUAAUGGUAGGGGGCGCUUGUGUAUGAUGGUAGGUUCGGCGCAUAAUUGCACCCUUAAGCCGACAAAAUUCAUGCCACAGGAGAGCUUAAAGACAGUUGCUACCAGCAAGACUAAAAUUUUAGUGUUACUUUAUGCAUAAAUGUGCGUCAUUUACUCUGUUCACUUAUCCUUUAGUUGCCUGAGGCUCAGCGGUACCUGCGGGAGCUUCAAAUAGCCAGAAAAAUCAAGGAGAGCGGAGAACGCGAGAAACGAUUCUUCUGUAAUCCAAUGGGAUGUAUUUAAAGAAUGAAUGAGGAAAAGGAUCAGCUACAUCUAUCAACAACCGAACCUACCAACACUGAGAAAAAAUUUUGUUCGCAGUUGUAGCUGUCAUAGCGGAGCUAAAAUACAUCCUUCUACUCAUUUCCUUUUCAUUUCAGUCUCAUUGUACGUUGUCAUCGCGAAAAGAAAAAAGGCGCAAGUUGGAAAAGAUGGGGUGUUUUAGAGCAAAUGAGGAGAUAAAUCAAACAGUGAACUGGAUGCAAUUAUUGGGAAAGAAUAGUUAAAAUCCAUUCUUUCUAUUACAUUUAGUGACUCGGUUUUGGAAUUCUAGACAGAAUACAAAAAGGCUCACUGUGUCAGGUUCCCAAGUCUAAAUUAUGGAUGGGUAAAAUUUUAUAAAGAAGCACGUUACCCAUCUAUCAAAAAAAGAGUUACGAGAAGUAAAACAGAAACUAUAUUAAGCAAUUUUUUAUUGUAGACCGUUGGGUCAGCUAACAUUGUCUCGGAUAUAUGUUCCCUCGUAUUCAGGACAUAAACUUUGUAAUCAUUUUGCUCAUUAAUCGAUUGAUAUAAUUUAUUCUUAUGUGAAAGAAUUCACAACUUACGAAAUCCUCAGACAAAUGUCUCUGCGAGUGCGUGACAGAUCCCAUGUAUGGUUGACUUUUACUGUAAUGUAGUACCCUCAAAACUAUUAGCACACAAAUGGCCUCCGAUUAAUCAAAUCACUGGUUAUUUGGUUAGGCUGCUCAGACAAUUUAAAAAGCUGAAGAGCAGGCAUAGGUCGUACGUAUUACCGUGCAUUUAAUGGGCUUACUAGGAACACCACUCUGUUUAAUUAAAGCGGCACCCAUUUCAUAAAACAGUUUCGCUUGCAAGCGAUUAAAAACUAAGUACCUUUUGAGCAGCAUUCCUCUUGUCACAUGUCUUUCUAAUGGCCACAUUACAUGUCAGCCAGGCAUUGAAUGGAAACGACAUUAAGCAGACUCUAUUUCAGACGUGCGUUCCGGUUAAUACUGUCUGCGAGAUAUUUUCUCUCAGAAACAGCACGCUAAACGUCUCAGGUCGCUCUACCCUGAAUCAGUCUUCGAAAUUUAUUCUGACGCGAGGGCGUCAAUAGCUUUUGAAAGCCUUAGACACAUAAGACACUAAGCUCGUGGCAGAGUCUAUGUGUGGCUGGCUUUGAGGCCUAUUGUCGUGCAGAGGACCCCGAUUUAUUACGUCACCGGCUUCAUGAAUUAGCCACUUGUCUAAUCAAGAUUUCGGCGAACAAGAACGAAGCCUACGUACUACUGCACACUUAUUCCACUAACAUUGACCAGUUAAUGUCUAAUCCGAAUUUAGAGUGCCAAGGUUGAGGGGAUGGCCUGCAUUUUUGGACAGACAAGAAGACGGUCGGCUGUUAGGGAGUUCGGUCAAGUUGUUGCAUGGGUUCUUCGCAGACGCCACAGUGCACGGCAACAAGCGAGCUCGCCAGCGCGAUGCUAGUGAUGGUGGUGGUGGUGGUGGCGGCGGUGGUGGUGGUAACGUGUGA